AUGAGUGCCACAUUAUAUCGAUUGAUAAACGUAACGGAUCACAGUGUCAUUUCUGUAUCCAGAGACCAAUACAAAGUUGGACGUGCAAACGGUAACGAUUUUUCAAUUCCAAAUAAUCGUUACUUGUCAUCAACACAUUGUGUCUUCGAGUAUGAGGAUGGGCAAUUAUAUGUUAAAGAUUUAAGUACAAACGGCACAUUGUUGAAUAAAAAUCGAAAGUUACCAAAAAAUGAGCGUGUUCGAGUGAAGUCUGGUGAUAGUAUUCAAAUUGUAUAUAGAAAAGACGAUCCACAAUUCAUUGAUACCGGUGAAGCGUCCUCGAAUGGAGACAGUUUAAAUAUAACACAACUUACUAAUAACGAUACACCAAAACGUGAAAAUUCUCAGUCACCAACUCAAACGGAUACUCAAUAUGCUUCUUAUCCAUCGAUACCAUAUUUUUCUCAAAAAAGUGACGAUAUAAAAGAGAAUGAUCCUCAACCAGCAGCUUUAGUACCAGCAACGACGACAAUAACAGCAAUAAAUAACGAGAAAAAAAGUAAUGAUGUUGAACCAAAACCAGUAAAUGGUCCUGAAUUUGCAAUGGCUCCUGGUGAGGAAAUGGAAGAAGUUUUAACAUGUGCAUGCUGUCAAGAAAUAAUGCAAAAUCCAUUAAGUCUUGAACCAUGUCUGCAUACCUUUUGCGCUGAUUGUUAUCAAUCUUGGGAGGCUAUUCAACGAACAUGUCCGCAGUGUCGACAAAAAGUGAUUGGGAAAAAGAAAAAUUUUCUAGUUAAUAAUAUGAUAGAAAUUUAUUUAAAAUCAUUUCCACAUAAACGACCUGAACCAAAACCAGUUGAAAAUAUUGAUUCCAACAAUAAAAAUAAUCAGGUUGGUUCCGAUGGUUUCUAUUUGGAUCAUGCACAUUUCGGCCGAGAAGAUGAAGAUGAUGAGGAAAUGGAUGAUGAAGAUGACGAGGGAAUGGACGAUGAAGAUGAUAUGGAUGAAGAUGAGGAGGAAGAUGAUGAUGAUGAUGAUAUGGGACUUGCAGCGCCAGUUGGCCAUCCGGUUUUUCCACCUUAUAUGAUGCAUCAGGCACCACCAGCACAAUUUCGUUGUCGACAAUGUGCACCGAAUAUUCUUCAAGGUCCUACUGCAGCAACUGCUACAUUUCAAUGUGCACCUGGACAAAAUCAUAUAUUAUGUCAAUGUUGUAUUCAGCCAAUGCCUGAUAGGCGCGGAGAACAAAAUAUUCAUCAACAAUGUACGAUAUGUCAUCAGUCUUAUUGUAAUAUGUAUUGGAAAUGCAAUCGAGCCAAUUGUCAUGGAUGCUUGAAUAAAUUGCGAAAUUGUAAUUUUGCACCACAACAUCUUACUGAUCUUGUUAAUAACAAUCCAGUUGAAACAAAAAUUUUACAAACAUAUAUUGCAUCAAAUCACAUGUCAACAAAAGAUUUAUUUAUCAGUUGUUGCGAUAAUUUAGAUCAAAAAUUGUUUCAUUGCACUGGUAUUGAUCCAAAUUCUGCAGUUCCGUCUGAAAAAGUGGUUUGCUAUCAAUGCGGUUUAAAGAUGUUUAAAGAAUUAGCAUAUCAAUUUCGUUUUAAUAUGAAUCGUGCUGAUAUUCAACCGGCAAAUAUGCGUGAACGCGAAGAUUGUCAUUGGGGUCAUAAUUGUCGUACACAAUAUUCGAAACCAUAUCACGCACAAAAAUAUAAUCAUUGUUGUGAACAACUUCGUUUUCAGUAA